UGCUCGCCUGGGCUGCUUCCCUUUUGCACCAGGUCGAUCCGCAGACAUCCACAUCUUCUCCAUCUGCUCAGCGCUCACCUAAGCCCUUAACCACUGACAUACUCUCGUACCUCUUUGACUGAUUUCCAUAUCUUCCUUGUUCUUCCCCUUCUGGUCAUCAUUCUUCCGGCCUCCUCGGAUCCUCUGCUCGACCUUCCUCACCUCCUGCCCUCGUUGUCUCUGUGGUCUCUAUCCCUCGCCGUCGCCUCCAGACUCUUCCACCGCAUCCCUAGGUCCCGGUACCGCGCACGAGACUUGCCUUGCACACCCUUCCCGGGCUUCGCUUUCCACCAGGCGCCCGACACAGGUGCAAUGCAGGCUUCUCUACCGUCCUGGAAGGACGCCGACAAGAAACAAAUUCAGAUCCAGAUCCCAUGGAAAUCGCUACAACUUCUCGUUCCUCACCGGCUGCGGCGCAAGCUCAGAUCGAAGCUCCGCAAUCGAUCGUCGCCUGCCUCUUCACUCGCCUCCCUCAAAACCUCGGUUUCCCCUGCGGACACUCUACGGUCACUACAAAAUCAUAGAUGGUCGAUUUAUGACGGGCAAUGGCUGUUUCUGGCGGUUGUGGGCAUUUUUUCGCUGAGCAUCAUUGAGUAUCCGGGUCCAUUGGUCAAGACUGCGGUCGCUACACUCCUCCUCGCCUCGUUCAUAUUCCCUAUCACUCGACAAUUCUUCCGGCCCUUUUCACCUAUAGCCGCAUACCUCAUUUUCUUCUACGCCUGCAGAUUCAUCCCGUCUGCCUGGCGGCCUCCGAUUUGGGUCAAAGUCCUCCCCGCGCUCGAAAACAUCCUUUAUGGUGCCAAUCUUAGCAACAUCCUCUCCGCCCACAAGAAUACGGUCUUGGAUCUCUUAGCAUGGUUUCCCUAUGGGCUUGGUCACUUUGGCGGUCCUUUCGUGGUUGCCGCGAUCAUUUUCGUCUUUGGCCCACCUACGACCCUCCCAGUCUUCGGCUUCAGCUUUGGGUACUUGAAUCUCGCUGGAGUCAUCAUUCAAGUCUUGUUUCCGUGCUCCGCCCCAUGGUACGAGAACAUGUAUGGUCUAGCCCCGGCCAACUAUUCCAUGCAAGGUUCACCUGCGGGUUUAGCCCGUAUCGAUGCAUUGCUCGGAAUCGAUAUGUAUACGUCAGGAUUCACCGCCUCUCCGAUGGUUUUUGGCGCCUUCCCCUCGCUUCAUGCAGCGACUGCUACUCUGGAAGCGCUAUUCAUGAGCCACAUCUUUCCUACGUUCACCCCGCUGUGGGCGUUCUACGCGGCUUGGCUGUGGUGGUCAACCAUGUACCUCUCGCAUCAUUACGCUGUGGAUCUGGUUGCCGGAAGUUUGAUGUCGGGUGUCAUAUUCUACUUCGCAAAGGCUAAGUUCCUGCCGAGACUACAGCCUGAUAAGAGAUACCGAUGGGACUACGAUUACGUCGAGAUUGGCGAAGUCCAGAACGACUAUAGUUAUGGCAUUGCUGGGCUCGACGGCAGCAGCCCCGAUAGCGACGAAUGGACCAUCGGCUCUUCGUCUUCCAUUUCCUCCGGUUCGUUGAGCCCGACGGAAGAGAGCCCGAAGCUUUGGACAGACGCAUACUCGAAUUACGAAAGAUGACAAGGAUAAAUCACUCGGCAUGAAAACUCCAACCUCUCAUUUGAACUCUGCAGCAUCUUUGGCCUGGCGUUUCUGUUACGAGUCGAACACGCUUACGGAUCAAGAACCUUGCAUAUGAGCGCUCAAUAUUUUUUUUUUGAUUUCUGCACAUAGAACACGGCCCUACUGUAAUACGACGCCACUACGAACACGCUUUUCCCCGGACAAGAAUUCUUCUCCAAGGACCACGCCGAAUCUGUCGUUUCUGCGUCGAACACUGUUUAAUGAGGCUGGCUUGGCAGGGGAUCAAGCAUGGAAUUUCAUCAUCGCCAGCACAAGGCUUUUUUGGAUUGUGAUUUGGUUGGGUUUGGCGGACUGGAAGGCUCUUGCGCCACAGAAUCGGUCUACUAUCAGGGUCGGUGGUUUUGGUGUUUCAGCUGGAGUCCAGCAUACUCUGAUUUCGCACUGGCGUUAUUCCUGGAGAGUUUGAGCAGCGUGGCUUCCAGCAGCCUGUUUGUCAUCCAGCGGCUACUGUUUACCGUCUGGAUUGAUACAUUACAUUCGCUUUGCAUACCCCCUUGUACAAUACAGAUAUCGAGACUUACGACCGAUAUGCCAUUCGCUUGGUUCAGCACGGGAUAUGGGAAGGAAAGAAAGAGGAAGAACUGGAGUUUUCAUUCGCCUUUAGGCCGUGGUUGGACACGGGGAUUGGAUGAUCUGUGAGGAUAAGGAGCUGGUCAGAGACGAGGUUGUCACAAAAUCCUUUGAGCGCGAAGUCAAGAUGGUAAUCAAUGAGCCUGGACAUGGAAGUUCAGCCAACCAUUGCGACAAGGCCACAAUAUUCGAUCCCAGCCACCCACCGGGGUCAUCCAUGUCCACAAAGCACCCCUCGACUCCACAAAGCUCCCAGCCACGUUCACGCACGGUCCAGACCCCACGACGCUGCAUGGUCCCCAGCGGAUAUGCAUGAUUGUGGCCUCAGAGCUACGGGGAUUCACUGGGUUGAUGGAAGGUUGUUCCGCGAGUUAUGAGAUGCCGUGUAAUGGCAGUGACAUGGUGAUGCCCGGACGAGAUUGAGAAGAUGGUGCCAGUCAAGGGACUGGAAUCCCAAGAGGCACAGGCAACCGAAAGAAUUAAUCUAGUAAUUUAAUACCUAAUGAACAAGAGGUCCCUCGAGGACCAUUUCCAGCA